AUGCUGCUGCUGCUGCUGCUGCUGCUGCUGCUGCUGCUGCUGCUGCUGCUGAUGCUGCUGCUGCUGCGCGUGCUGCUGCUGCGCGUGCUGCUGCUGCGCGUGCUGCUGCUGCGCGUGCUGCUGCUGCGCGUGCUGCUGCUGCGCGUGCUGCUGCUGCGCGUGCUGCUGCUGCGCGUGCUGCUGCUGCGCAUGCUGCUGCUGCAUAUGCUGCGUAUGCUGCUGCUGCGGCGCCUGCUGCUGCGAUUGAUGCUGGGCGUCCUGCUGCCCAUGCUGCUGCGCCGGCGCACCAGAUUUCGCCGCUUGCUGCUUGUGUGGGACAACUAA